UGUGGUCUGUGACGGGGGUGGCGGGCCGCUCCAGUGACCUGCCCUGCUACCUCAACCCCCGCACCCCAGGGGACAGACCCAAGCUCAUCCUCUGGUACAAGAGAGGCGGCCGGACGCCAGUCUUCAGCCACGACGGCCGGGUACCACAGAUGCGCUCCGACAUCAAACAAAAUGAAGGGACGCUGACGGUGAGUCGCGGGGCCGCCACCCUCACCCUCCACAACCUGACGGUGUCCCAGGCCGCCGUGUACGAGUGCAGGGUCGACUUCUUCAAGUCCCCGACCCACACCAACUUCGUCAAUCUCACCAUCAUUGAGCCAGCGAGCAGCCUGGAGGUGGUGGACAGUGAAGGUGACAACCCUGUCAACGGGAUCCUCGGUCCGUACAGAGAAGGUGUCUCCAUCACCUUCACCUGCACGGCUAGGGGAGGGUCCCCGUCGCCAAACGUCACCUGGUGGAGGAGCAGCGAGCAGUUGAGUGCCACAUGGCACCAGACGGGACCUGACCUGGUGUCCAAUGACCUGAGAGUGGAGCGGCUGACCCGAGAUUGGCACAACCAAACUGUGACCUGCCUGGCCGCCAACACCCACCUAGCCGGCCCGGUCACCAUCUCUAUCCUGAUCCAGAUGUUCUUGUUGCCAACAAGCGUGGUAGUGAGCAACCCAGGCCCGGUAAGCGAGGGUCAACAGGUUCGGCUGGUGUGUACCUCAACCGGUUCGCGACCUUCCGCGACUCUCUCUUGGACGGUGAGAGGGGUCACCAGACCAGCCCAGAAGGAGAACUUGAUGUACGGGGAGGUGACCAGCUCCACCCUAGUGACCAACCUCACGCGAGGUGACCACAACACCAAGGUCACCUGCAGGGCUGCCAACCCUGCCGUGCCAGACUCCCCCCUCGCCAACUCCACCUCCCUCAUCGUCCACUACCCGCCGACGGUGUCUGCGUCGUUAGGAAGAUCGCUUCGCCCGGAGCUCCUGAAGGAGGGCGAUGAUGUAUACUUCACCUGUACCGUCGAGGCCAAUCCCCCAGCAUCCACCAUUACUUGGUACCAUGAG